AUGGCUGCUACAACUUCUUCAGGCCAAUCUCCGAGGACAAGAAGCCCUGCCCCUUUCUUGUCCAAGACAUAUGAUUUGCUAGAAGAAGGUGCAGCAGAGGAAGGAGAUAGCAGAAAGAAGAUAGUGUCUUGGAAUGCAGAGGGCUCUGGAUUUAUAGUUUGGUCUCCUGCUGAGUUCUCAGAGCUUCUGCUGCCUAAAUAUUUCAAGCACAAUAAUUUCUCCAGCUUCAUCCGCCAGCUUAAUACCUACGGGUUCAAGAAAACAUCACCAAAACAAUGGGAAUUUAAGCAUGAAAAGUUCCAGAAAGGCUGUAGGCAUAUGCUGGUGGAGAUCACAAGGAAAAAAUGUGAGCCAAGUGCAUUUCCAGUGUAUCUAAAGGCUUCAGAAGAGAGUGGUAGCAGCAGUACAGCUGUGGCUGCAGCAGAGGAAAAUAAUCGCUUGCUGUUAAUGGAGGAGAACAAGAACCUCAGGAAACAGAAACUGGAGCUGCAGAUGCAAAUAUCUCAGUUUAAAGCCUUAGAAAUGAAGCUGUUGGAUUGCCUAGCGCAGAACAUGGAAGAUCAUCAGAAUAAAGUUCGAUGCUGA